AUGUCUGCAGGCUUUUCUGGCAAAAGUAAGUCCUUUAGUAAUGAAUACGUUUUGCUUCCAAUCAAACUCAGCAGAGUUGGCACUUGAUGAUUGUCGUCGACAUCGUUUGCAGCGAAAAAAUGUUGUACUCGUUCGACAUACGUCCCCCAGCUUUCUUGGGUUUCAUCAAAAACAUCAAUUUUUACAAUCGUUGUCAUUUCUGGACUUAUAACAAUCCCAAAUUCGACGCCACUGUCGUGUAUUUAGAUUAUACUCUUAACAAAAUAUGAAUAAUACAUAAGCAUGGCCAAUCUACAUAUCUAAUGUGCAUGUCCGUGCGUAUGACCGCUGUCCGUCUCUAUCGAUAUAUCUAACAAAAGUGUAAUAAUUUUAUUGUGUUUAGAUCAAUUCACAUCAGCUGGUCAAACCACCCAACCUUCCUCCACUACCAAAAGUACCAUUCCGCCUUUUUCCACUACUGGGGGUGCCACUCAACAUUUCUUCACUACUGAGAGUACCACUCUACAUUCCUCCACUACUGAUGGUAAUACUCAAUCUUCCUUCACUACUGAGGGUGCCACUCUACCUUCCUCCACUACUGAUGGUACCACUCAACCUUCCUCAACCACAGAGGAAAUCAUUCAACCUUUCUCCACUACAAAAGGUACCAUUCAACCUUUUUCCACUACUGGGGGUUCCACUCAACAUUUCUUCAAUACUGAGAGUACCACUCUACCUUUCUCCACUAUUAAGGGCACCGCUCAACCUUCCUCCACUAUUUAUUGGACCAAACAACAUUCCUCCACUACUGAGGGUGCCACUCUACCUUCCUCCACUACUGAGGGUACCGCUCAACCUUUCCCAACCACAGAGAAAAUCAUUCAACCUUUCUCCACUACAAAAAGUACCAUUCAACCUUUUUCCACUACUGGGGGUUCCACUCAACAUUUCUUCACUACUGAGAGUACCACUCUAUCUUUCUCCACUACUAAGGGCACCGCUCAACCUUCCUCCACUAUUUAUGGUACCAAACAACAUUCCUCCACUACUGAGGGUGCCACUCUACCUUCCUCCACUACUGAGGGUACCACUCAACCUUCCCCAACCACAGAGAAAAUCAUUCAACCUUUCUCCACUACAAAAAGUACCAUUCAACCUUUUUCCACUACUGGGGGUGCCACUCAACAUUUCUUCACUACUGAGAGUACCACUUUACCUUCCUCCACUGCUGAUGGUAAUACUCAAUCUUCUUUCACUACUGAAGGUACCGCUCAACCUUCCUCUAAUACUGAUGGUACCACAUGUACACAACAUUCCUCCACUACUGAGAGUACCACUCUACUUUCCUCCACUACUAAGGGCACCGCUCAACCUUCCUCCACUAUUUAUGGUACCAAACAACAUUCCUCCACUACUGAGGGUGCCAUUCUACCUUUCUCCACUACUGAGGGUAUCGCUCAAUCUUCCUCCACUACUGAUGGUACCACUCAACCUUCCUCGACUACAGAGGAAAUCAUUCAACCUUUCUCCAUUACAAAAAAUACCAUUCAACCUUUUUCCACUACUGGAGGUGCCACUCAACAUUUCUUCAUUACUGAGAGUACCAUUCUACCUUCCUCCACUACUAAGGGCACCGCUCAACCUUCCUCCACUAUUUAUGGUACCAAACAACAUUCCUCCACUACUGAGGGUGCCACACAACAUUCCUUCACUACUGAGAGUACCACUCUACCUUCCUCCACUACUAAGGGCACCGCUCAACCUUCCUCCACUAUUGAUGGUACCACACAACAUUCGUCCAUUACUGAGGGUGCUUCUCUACCUUCCUCCACUACAGAGGGUACCGCUCAACCUUCCUCCACUACUGAUGAUACCACUCAACCUUCCUCAACUACAGAGGGCACCGAACAACCUUCCUCCACCACUUUUACACCAGGUAAGUUGUUUGUUUAGAAUUUAGUACACUUUAACAAUGAAAACAGGUUGGAUAAACCAUAUAGAAUGCGUAUUUGAUCACGAAUCAUGCCUCCACAUUUUCCCAAGCGCGUGCGCCAAUGGCGUUCACUUAAAAUCCGCCGUAUUAAAUUUGACUAGCAGCGAAAACUACAAAGUAUAACGAUAGUGGUAUUUAGAUCUUGGAUUUGUCGCUUUGUCUUCGCUGUGGUUCUUGCGAAAUCUACUUCUUCAUCGUCAACAUUUAUGGUAUUAUUUGGUUUUAAUUAAACUGUUCUUCGUCGAGGUCCAGUGUAAGGAGACGCUGAAUUCCUGUAGACUAACUUCAUUUAUACUGGAAUUUAUUAUGGCUAACGUACUCUAUCAUUAGCGGUCUCCCAGAGGUCCAGUAUGGGUCAUCGCUUAACGUUUUAGUGUAACAACAGGAGAAAACCUAAACGAAUUUAAAGAUGCUGUAAAACCGCAAUGUAACGAAACGCCUUGCUACUUUUUGAACAGCUAUAUUUAUAAAAUACUAGAAAAUACAUGCAUGCAGAAACCCUCGCCUUGCUGACAAAACCAUUGUAUUUUCCGAACAUGAAGUAUCUAGAGCAGUUGUCAUGGUAACACGAUAAUUUUUUAAGAAUAUUCUUACAAAUCUCCUAAAAAUAUCACUUUUAAAUACAAAAUUAUCAAUUUCCCAACAUAUAUAUGUUAGCUAUGUUAUUAUACGUAAUAUAGGCUUCAAUUUAAGAUAAAAUUCAACAACAACCGCUUCGCAAAACGUUUUAAAGUGUUCUUUAUAAUUAAAUGGCUUUAUCGAUAAACUUUGAGUUUGCAAUAAAAUGAUUUCAAAUUCUCGCUUGCAAAUAACUUUGCUUUCUUUUUUAUUAAAAAAAUGCAAUAUAAUAAAAAAGGGAAUCAAUAUUAAAGAUACACUGAUAUUAUUAGCCCGCGUGCAGGCCCAAGGGAGCAGGCUCAAGGGAACUUGAUAGUGGGCCUGCAAGCAAGGCCCGGUAUUUUGUACUUUCCGCGUUCGCCCACGAACGCGGCAUUCUGAUUGGCUGUUUGCUGUUGGAUUCUAUAAUUAGGUCAGUGAUUCAUCACAAAGGCUCUCGAUAAGCUCAAAAUUCGAAAAUUGAUCACUUUUUUCGAUUAUAAAUGGAACAAGAACAGACUGUUUAUUGUUUACUAGAAGGAAGAGAUUUUUUGUGCCGUUAUGCCAAUGGGGAUUGCUUGUCGUGAGUUGUUGGAAUAGCAACAUUACGACUGGGGUAAACUAUAGUAACCUUUACUUGAGUUUCAUUAAUUUCAAACAGACUUGAAACGUUAUAUGUUCCUCAAGAAAAUUAUCUUUUGGUUGAUGUUGAGAUGCAGUUGCAUGUAAGCCUAUUAGAAACACUUUGCGAUUUACAAGGCUUCGCUGAGAGAACGAAACAGAAGACGGUAUAUUUAAAUUGCCGUUUGAAACGAAACGAUCUGGACUCUGAACGCUCUCUUCUUUUGUAGAGUUCUUUACCAAAUGAAAUAACUGAAGUAAAUUUCGUACUUUCCGCCGCCAACAAGAAUUGCACACACGAUCUGAUAAGUGAGACAAUUUAUUUAUAACAAUGCCAACGGCGACAGCGAAACACACAUUAUAAAUGUGGUCGCACGACUUCCCUCACGAUUUGAAGUUUGAGACUGGUUUUCUGUUGAAAUUCGUCCUAAUUUGCCUGUUCCGAUUUUAGUUGAAAAUGAGCACUUGCAAAUUUGGCAAUUACUGACUGCGUUGCUUGCUUUUUUAGAGUUAAAACGCAGCCAUUUACACAUUGUUUAUGUUCUGAAUAUGCAGAGAAAACCCCGCAACAUUUUAAUGCGAGUUUGUUUGUUAAUAUUUGGGUGCUGUCAUUGGUUCUUUUUUGACAAUUGACGUGCGAAUGGGGCGUGUUAUGAAAAGGGGCGUUUUACAAAAUACCGGGCCUUGCUUGCAGGCCCACUAUCAAGUUCCCUUGAGCCUGCUCCCUUGGGCCUGCACGCGGGCUAUGAUAUUAUAUGCUGUCUUGUUUAGUUGUUUCAUAUACGCAAACGCCGUCGGGUUUUAAAUCCAUUAUAAAAUCAAUAUUUAAAACAAACUUACCUUCGUUAACGUCGGCUCCCUUCUUUUAGCCGAUUCUUUCGCCCUUUCUUUAUGAAAAAACUUUUGAAAUUUACAAAAUCUUGCAAAAAGGCGAGCAAAAAAUUCAUCAAUCAUCAAACAAGAAAUGUUUGCUAUUUCGCUGUCGUCAUACAGUCGUUAAUGCAAAUUUUAAAUUGGACCAAUCAGUGUCCGCUAUUCAUGACAGUCCGCCAUAUAUUUGAGAUCAGUGAGGAUGACCACCCACGGUUGGUCACCCAGGCCCGCGAUAUUUGAUGAACUUUAGACUCCGCUAAUGCUUUCGUUUCCCCGGGUGUAAAUAGCCGGGGGGAAUUAGUACCCUCGCACGGCGCUUCGCACCGUCGGCUCGGGGAUGAUAUACUAACUGAAUAUCUAACACUUUUGUGAUUUGCCCUGCUUGUAAAUGAAUAUAAGCUAAACGUUUCAAUUCAAGAAAAUUCGAAAGGUGCAAAAUUUGGGCAAUGUUUAUAUCUGUGGGUUUCACCCUUUGUUAUGAGCAGAACUGAUGCGCUGAGCGGAAUUUACAGCAUCAAUAAUUUGAAAUUAAUACUGAUUUUGAUACGGGACACCGGGACAUCAUAAUAGCUAGCUCUUUCAGUUCUAAACGGCUGUUCUCACAGACCAGAAGUGGUUCAGUGUUACGACAGAAGAAAAACUAAACUAACUUAGUAUAUAGACCUUAUUCAUAAUUCGCAAUCGGGGCCCCGUUUCCUCGGAAACGGGAAUAAACGUGGUCGAACAAACAAAAGCUGGCCUACUUGCGAAAAGCCAAAUCACUGCCAAGUUCAGGACGCCUUUUUCUUGUCGUUUAAUUCAAUUUAGAACGACUUUGUAUAUAUUUUUAACAUUUUGUCCCAACAACGAAAGCUAGAAACGAGACUGCUAUGAAAAAGACCGCUCUUUCUCCAGUUUUCUGUGUGGAAAAUGUCAAAAUAUGACAACGUAGCGAUGGUGUUUAUCCAGAGAUGAAAAACAGUAUUUUAUUGAGAUUGUAACGUCAAUAUAUAACUUAUUCCGUGACAAAAUGAAGACAACCAUGGAAGGAAAGUUUUAUUUUCAUAUCUUGGCAUUUAAUAAUAUGAAAGAAAACAAGAGGUCAAAAUUCACCAGAAAACUUCAAAUGUUAUUGAUUCGCAUGGAAAGUUUUUUACUUAUGUAUGAAAUAUGUUUGCGCCUCGAAGACAUUCUGCAAGCAGUCUAAAAGUUUAAGGAAUGGAAGCUACCUUCACUGAGUGCAUAGGCGUACGGGAAGGAAAAAAUUAGGGGGCGGAAAGAAAUUUGCCCAACUUUUUCGGAUUGUUCCCGAGUUGUCAAAAAAAAAUUUCCCGGGAAACUUUCCAAAAUUGUUGUCGAAGGGGGAAAGGAGUGAUUACGAAAAAUUCCUAUUAGAUAGCAUAUUUCCCACAAAAUUGACAGAAUUUCCCACAAAAUUGACAGAAUUUGUCCCAUUUAUUUUUAUAAUAAGCCAAUAUUUCCCGACUGUGAAGCGAAUAUUGCCCGACUGGCUUUGUUUGCCCAACAAACUGGGGGGUUUGCCGCCCCCUCCCCCCCCACCCCCGCCCGGUACGCUCAUGACUGAGUGAGUAGUAAUCUUAUUUCUUUAAUUAACAAUGGUUUCAUAUUUCCUACGAUUUUGAAAUUGUAGAAGUUUGUAGACGUUUGAUAAUUGUUGGGUUUUUUGCGAAAGUUUUCUUUUCCGAUUGACCGCAGCAUUUUUGUACGGUAAAUAUUUCAGGAAAAUGACAAUAUAUUUUCUCAAAAGCAUUACUUCAACUUUCAUUCUUAGUUUUAUAGAUAAUUUGUGGAAAAUGCGUUGAUUUUUUAGACAACAUAUUUCUAGUCUUGCAAUACCCGGCACUUUUCCCGUGUUUAUUCCUGUUUCCUAGGAUGCGGGUCCCCGAUUUCGAUUUAUUAGUAAAGUUUAUGAGUUAUGCCGGAUAGUAAACUGUUCUCCUUGGAGGUCGAGGGUGUUUGGUUGAGUCAAAAGCUCUCAAAGAACUAUCAGAGGUACAGAAAGGCACACAUAAAAGACACUUGCCAAAACACACUCAACUAUUUCAAGUAGAUUGCUACACUUUAAUUUUGAGAACAUUCAAUUUCGUAAACAUUUGAUUUCGUGAAAGCCAAAUUAAAUUUAAUACCAUUUAUUUAUAGUAAUUCUCGCACUUUUGUAGUACAAUGUUUGUGUGACAGUCAAACGGAGGACAAGAAAAUUCGCAUAGAUCUUCUAAUACCGCUGGUUAUUUUGGCCCUAUGUUUUCUUCUUUCACUUGCUGUGAUCAUAUACCAAAAUCGUCGUCUCCAAAAUAGCAAUAGGAGGGCGAGUCAUGGCGAAGGUACGUAUGUUGUCUUUUACCUUAAAAUUAAACAAGUUAAUUUUAUAGUUUGUUUAUACUUGUCAGUGGAUAUCUUUAGCAAUUUGUAACUGCUCUCCCUACGUACAGAGGUCCAGCAUGGACGAUCUUGUGUUGAUCCGCAAGCAAACAUAAAUUGUAAUUUAAUUUGUUAUGAAUAUCUGUAUCAGCUCGAACGCCUCUCCCCCAUAGAAGCUCAGUAAGGACUCCUACUUGGUUCAAAUAUUCCGGAUAACUAGGAACUCUCAAAAAUUUGACAGAGCCAAACUGGAAGCACUGUUGUUACAUUAUAAUACGACAAGUGGACUUUUACGUCUUAUGUUUCAAGAAUAUUUAAUUAUUUAGAUGACAAUAUCAGGUGAGAGGAUGAGUACGCAGGAAGUAUAUUAAUCACUGUUUAAUUUACUGGUUCCUUUUAGUUACAUUGUCUAAACUUUGUAGUUUCCAUUUCAAAACCUACAGGACAAGAACUCUCGAACUACAUGUUUAUGAAAGACAACAAGGAAGCUGGUGAUGAUUAG